AUGGGGAAUGGCAAAGGGUUAGAGGACAAGAAAGUACGGCAAAUUUACCUUAUAUCUUGGUCGGCCGAGGCUUACAGAAGAUUAAUCAAGACUUUAGAAGGUUUUGAUAUCAUGGGAGUAAGAGCUAGUAAGCUGAACAGAUUGAUUGGAACUGGAAGGGUUAAGUGGUUCAGGGUUCCUACUUCGACCCCGAAAGGUUAUGUUCCAGUAAGCGUAGGGGUCAACGAUGAUACAAGGCGGUUUAUCGUGCAUACAACAACACUACGUGACGCAGAUUUCUUGGAGAUGCUAUGUAAAUCAGCUGAAGAAUAUGGUUUCCAUGGUGAAGGCAUUUUGAGGAUUCCUUGCAAUGCAAAGGAUUUCGAGGAGUGGAUUAUGACGAGGGCUAAACGAAAGAUUGUUCGUGUUCGUGUUCAUUGA